AUGUCUGUCCGCGAGACAUCCUGUGGCAAUGUGGACGAGGAUUCCACGAUUGAAUCCGCCAUUCGCGAGAGCGUAAGGGCGAUGCGGGCACGAGGCGCCACCUUGGAUACACUACACGAGGCAAACAAUUUUUUUUUUGAGAAAGGCAGUAUAUUUGAAGAUGAAGAGUAUCGAAUCAGGACUUUUAUUCUCCCCAGAUAUCAGGAUCAGUGCGAGAGGAGUUCCCUGCUGCAAGGCAAGGCAAUACGACCGACACCCACAAUGCGGACCUUGAAGGAGCCAUUGGAGAGUCCAAAACCGCACUGCCUCACUCCCCUGUGGGUUACGAAGCUGACAUUCAGCGGACCAUUACAAAAUCAAAACAAGAAUUAG